AUGACCUCACAUGCUUGGCAUCAACGCUGCCUUCUGGCGGGGGAGGACCAGGCAACAGCGCGAGCUCGGCACCUCACCGCCUCCCUCAACCUCGGCGCAGGUCGAAGACGAGCGCGCGGCGACGGUAAUCCAGGGUGGCUUUCCGACAAUCUAUCCCUCAGUGGUCACCGGAUCCUCACGCCAGAGAGUACACGAGUGCGUGCUCUCCGACGAUUGGACGCUUGGGAGGCAUCACGACGGCCGGGAGCCACCCUGGGAGGAAGAGGGGAUGGGGGUUUCAGAAGAGCGAGGGCGACACCAUUGCCACAAUAUAUAGGGCCCGGACACGUGCAUGGAUGA